AUGACCGCCGACGCACUCCUCCCCAGGGGAAAGGGAAGGGGGUACGCUAAGACCGUUCAGGGCCACUUGAUUCGCCGUUACAAGCGCUUCCUGGCGGAUGUAGUACUACCUGCCGGAGACAGUGCUAAGGGCCGUGGGAGCAACAGCGGCGGCAGCGGCGACAUGGCGGCUGCGGCGACGGCCCUUGAGGCUUCGGGAGCCAGCAGCGGUGUAGUGGGCAAUGCUAAUAAUGACCCUCGCGGUGGUGUCACAAUUACCUGCCACUGUCCCAACACGGGGCCUAUGACGGGUUUGCUGGACUGGCCCCUCAGCCCCGUGGUGUGCAGCGUGUCCUCCGCACCCGGACGCAAGUACCCGCACACCGUGGAAAUGUUACAGGUACCGGGACCCGCGCAUCAGGGGGGUCGGCAGGGCCCAAGGCGGGGGGGCGCCUGGGUGGGUGUUCACAGCGCUCUGGCUAACCAGUUGGUUUCAGAGCUGCUGGACAGGCGACUGCUGCCACAGCUGGGGGAAUGGCGGGACGUGGCAAGGGAGGUGCCGUACGGAUCCCGUGGAUCCAGGUAUGCUGCGGCGGCUUGGCCUAACAACCCAGUUGUUAACUCCACAGCCUCAGCCAGCGCUACAGGCGCCCCAGAGCUACUGCCGCCGCCGCCGCGCAUAGCACUGUUCCCAGACACGGUCAGCGAGCGGGCUCAGCGUCAUGUGGAGGAUUUGAUGGAAGCUGUUUCCCGGGGGCAUGAGGCGCCCAGUUGGAGUUGGGGCCAGCAGCUGCGGCAGGCCGUCUGCGUGUUCGUGAUUCAACGGGAUGACUGCGCCCUCUUCGCGCCUUGCGCUGCCAAGGACCCUGUGUACGCCAGACUGGUACGGCAGUUGGCCAACAAUGAAAUGGUGUAUCGUGCCGUACAGCCGGUUUACGCGCUUGCUGUUGUGCAGGCUGCUGCGGCUGGUGUGCAAAUGUUAGCGCUGAGGACGUCGGUUCGACCUCCCACCACAGCUGCUGCUGCCGUCAACGUCACCACCCACGGCGAUGUCGAAGGCACUACCGCACCAGCGGCCAUCGUGUUCCUGGGACUAGCUGAACUGGACCUGGAGUACGGCAGUAGUACGGACCGCAGUGGCGUCGGCGGCGGCGUCUUGGUGGCAGCGAAGACGAAGCGAGGCCGGCGGCCGAGGGGCCAGGAUGGCCGCUCAGAUAAGACCGACGUGAAGAGGAGGUCGAAACCGAAGCAGGCUGGUACGGCACUGGCGGGAAAUGUAGUGAUGGCUGAAGGGGGUUUCGAACCGCUGGCCUUGGCCGGGGGAGAGGGGCCGGCCCGUGAGGGCAUUCUCCCAACGUCCGAAUGGAAUGCUGACGGAGUCCUUGGCGACGGACAGGGCCGGCGCCGGGGCCGCGCUGGGUCACGCUAA